AUGAAUGCGCUGUCCAACCAUGCGACCAAGCAAAAGACACUUCUGCAGCGAGACCUGAACAAGUUCGAGAAAGAGCUUGCUGUAGCCCCGAUAUCGCUGCAAGGUGCGAUCGCAGCGACACUGGUGUCGCUCGAGAAGACUAUUGUGCAGUACAAAGAGCUUUUGACGAGGCAAUUUGCCGGUAGCUCCAAAGAAGAAGAGGCCAGUAAAGUCAAGUACCAAGAACGACUUGAGUCACUACAGCAGGACCUUGAGGCCGCUAAAACGCGAUUUCAGACACUCAAGAAACAGUGCAGUAGCACUAACUCCCGUGAACAGCUCCUUAAAUCCAGUAGCAAUCCUUUUGAUGAAGAAUCUACUAUGAGCAAACGUAACACAGCUGGCUCGCCGGGCUUGGGCCAUGCGGGAAACGCGAGCUCAGGAUCGCAGCUACCACUCUUCCAAGGUCUCCAGAAGGAGCAAUCGGUUUUUGAAAGGGGCAAUGCACAAUUGGACUAUAUCCUGGAGAUGGGUCAGCAAUCCCUGGGCGAUAUCAUUGAUCAGAAUGCGGUCUUGCGCAAGAUGGAAGUGCAAAUGACCAAGAGCAUGCAGACACUGGGCGUGUCAAACGAGACCAUAAACAAGAUCAACAAGCGUGUCUUCAAGGACAAGUUCAUCUUCUGGAUCGCGCUGGCGCUCAUGCUGACAGGAUUUUACUUUGUGCUGAAGUGGCUGCGGUAA